AUGGAGGGAUCGUGGGGGGCAUCCCGAGCUCAGGCGGGGCCUGGAACAGGGGUAGGUGCCAUCUCGUACUCGGGCGAGCCCUGGGACGUGGGGAAGGGGGCAUACCAUUCUCGGGCGGAGCCUGAGGGGCGCUCUGGGCUCGGGCGGAGCCUGGGAUACAGUAAUCCUGAAGGGCAGAGGGGAGGACGCCCCGAGCUCGGGCGGAGCCUGGAACGGGGGAUUUUAGGGGGUGGGGGAGGAGGCGGGCCCUGGCCGGAGGGAGCCCGGGGGGCAGUGGGGAGGGCGUCCCGGGCUCGGGCGGAGCGUGGGGGUGGGCGUCCCGGGCUCGUGCGGAGACUAGGUAGUGGGGGAGGGCGUCCCGAGAUCAUGCGGAGCCUAGGGAGUGGGGACAUUCCGGGAUGGUGUAGAGCCUGA